CCCCUGGGCGACGUGUCUGCUGGAGUGUUUUUAACACGGCUUUCUGCUGAACUCCUCCACGGAGCGUGAAGAUUCUGGGCUCUGUAUGUUUUAAAACAUUUUCAGAAAAAUGGGAGAAACGAGAUUAGCUCGGCACAUGUUCCUGUGGUGCCUAUCUGCUGUCUACAUGUUUGCCUUUGCUUCUGUUUACGUGCAGAUUCCAGGUCUUUAUGGUAAUGAGGGUCUGCUGCCAGCUCGUUGGAUGCUCAGAGUCUCUGGGAAGAGUGUAUGGGAGCAGUUGACAGACUCUCCCACCUUACUGUGGUUUGGUCCCAGGCUUGGUCUCGACACCCAGCAGUGCAUGGAGCUGCUGAGUCUGAGUGGAGCUCUGCUGAGCCUGGCAGCUACAGCUAUCCCCACGCUCAGAGACUGCAGGGUCUACCUGGUGCUUUGGAUGCUCUACCUGUCACUCUAUCAGGUGGGACAGGUCUUCUUGUACUUCCAGUGGGAUAAUCUGUUGUUGGAGGUGGGCUUUCUGGCCAUCCUUGUUGCCCCCAUGAACAUGCCCUGGGGGUGGAGGUUGCAUGCCCAUGACAACAUGACCUUCUGGCUGGUGCGCUGGCUGCUGUUUCGGCUGAUGUUUGCUUCGGGUGUAGUGAAGCUGACCAGCCGUUGCCCCACCUGGUGGGGCCUCACAGCUGUGACCUAUCACUAUGAGACCCAGUGCAUCCCCACACCUCUGGCCUGGUUUGCUCACCAGCUGCCAGUUUGGUUCCAGAAGCUUAGUGUGGUGGGCACGUACGUCAUUGAGAUCGGCGGCCCUUUCCUCUUCUUCAGCCCCAUCCGCAGACACAGACUGACUGCCUUUUAUAUGCAGGUCUUACUACAGGUUUUGAUUAUCCUGUCAGGAAAUUACAACUUCUUUAAUCUGCUGACCAUCGUACUGUGCUUUUCUUUACUGGACGACGAGCAUGUAAACUUCUGGCUCUGCAGACGCACGCCACGGGAAGAACGAACAUCCCUGCAGACCCUUCUGUCACGGUUUUGUUUGCUGGUUGAACUGGCUGUGUAUGCACUGCUUGCCUACUGGACUUUCCUUUACUUUGACCUAAAAGUAGACUGGGACAAGAAAAGUGUCUCUUCUAAAACAGCUUUCACCCAUUUUGAGUUUAAUAGAUUUUUGAAGUUGGUCACGGUUCCCAGUAUUUGGAUUGGGGUUCUCUCUCUUACCUGGGAGAUUGUCACUGCCAAAUUCAAAAGUGCGUGUUUAAAGGGUGUAUUCUGGCGCCUGUGGAGCACUGUGCAUUGGGCAGUCUUUGCUGUAGCCACAGCCUCAAUGUUUGCCAUUAGUUUGGUUCCCUACACCUUCAUAGAGUAUGAGGCUAACAGUAAUAUCUGGCCUGGAGUGCGCAAAGCAUAUGAGCAGUCUGAUCGGUACCAGCUGGUUAACUCUUAUGGUCUGUUCCGGAGGAUGACUGGAGUCGGGGGCCGACCUGAGGUGGUCAUCGAGGGCAGUAUGGAUGGCAGCACUUGGAUAGAGAUAGAGUUCACGUAUAAACCAGGGAAUGUUAGUAGAGCACCUCCAGUUGUGACCCCACACCAGCCUAGACUGGACUGGCAGAUGUGGUUUGCAGCCCUGGGACCCCAGACCCAGAGCCCCUGGUUCAGCAGCCUCGUACACAGACUCCUGCAGGGCAAGAGAGAUGUGAUCAAACUCAUUCAGACAGAUGAGUCUCAGUACCCGUUCAGCCAGCAGCCUCCAGUAUACGUCCGUGCUCACCGUUACAAAUACUGGUUUACUGCACCCAAAGAGGACGGGUUGUUUCCACAGAGGUGGUGGAGGAGAGUCUAUGUAGAGGAGUUUUACCCUGCUGUUCACCUGGGUAAUGCUUUUCUGGAGCACAUGCUUGCCCAGCAUGGUCUGAAGGAUAAGCCUCCUGUGCGGCGAGCUUCAGAGACCUGGCUUCCGCGCACGUUGAAGUUUGUUGGUGAUCAUGUGCGGGAUGUUCCUGCUCCACUGCUGCUGUGGACACUCUUCAGUUCAGCUGCUACGGUCUGUCUCGUCAACACCCUCUGCUCACGCACUCGCCCUCCACAGCACUCACACUGCCGCCCUGCCCAACCCACUUCAGAGCAGAUGGCAAAGAAAGAGAAGGAGGAGAGAAAAGUGGAGAAGAAGAAUAAGAAUAUGAAUAUAAAAGAGGAGGAAGAUGAAGAGGAGAGAGAGAAGGAAAAAGAAGAAGAAGAUGCAGAGGGAGAAGAUGAGAAGGACAAGACUAAGGAAAUGGUUGAAGAAAAGGGGAAGGAUGAUGAUGCUACUAAUGAGGAAGACGUAGAUGUGAGUGAAGAAAAUGAGGAAGAUGAUAAUGAUGAAGAUGAAGAACAAACCUCAGAAGAGAAAGAUCAUGUUAGGAAAAGGAAAUGAACUUGGGCUAAUCAGGAUAAUCAACUCUGCAAGAGGAGAAUCUGAGAGGUCCAGCUGAGACUGCUGAAACUGUCCCCUCCCCUGCUAACACCAGCACUUAUUAAUAUUUAUCUCUUUUAGUAAUACAGGAAUACAACAGCUGUGCAUUAUUCGUGGAGUAGAGUUUCCCAGUGAUGCUUAACUUGAGUUAAAAUGAAUAAUCUCCUGUUAGAACAGCUAACUCUAAAAUUCAGGUGCCAACUCUAGUGUUAGAUGCUCGUUAUCUGCUUUUCCUGCUUAAACACACCUGACUCAAGUUUCCUGUUAAUUAUCAGAUUUAUAGUCGACCUAUUUGAACAGGAAAAUCAGCAAAAUAUGCUUCACUUCCACCCACAUUGCCCACACCUGCUGUAGACCAACCAGGUUGGGUAGAUAAAAUAAGUUUGAUUGAUAUCUCCAUUUAUUAUCACUUUAUUUAUACUGUAUUGUCCUUUUUAUAUUAACUCAUCAGUGAUUCCUAAGCUUAGUCAGUUUAUGGUAAAACUGUAUAUUUAAGUGGUUUCCUGCUUAAAAACACACCCCACUUCAACAGAAUGAAGAUCAGUGUAAAUCAGUGUAAAUGCAUUGAUUUAGCUGGAUCAGGUUUGGUUUGUUAGAAGGGGGUCAGAGAGGUACAGGACCAGGAAUGUGAACCCCUGGUCAUGGAUGAUGGACUAGGAGUUUUGCUAAAUAAGGCCAUAUAAACAAACUAAUCAAUACACUACAUCAGAAGGUUUUCACACAGGCUUUUGCUGUCCUUUAAAUCAAACAUUAAUUUAAGGUAAAUAUUUAUUUAAGCCCCUACUGCCUGAGCAUUUAUUAAAUAUUGAACAGGGAAUGUUGCACUAGUCACUGUCUUUCCAAAGGUUAUUAGACUUGUUUAAGGUGAUGUAAAUAAUUUUGGUGCAUGUGUGUUUAAAAAGGGAAAAAAAAUGCUGCUUAUAGAACAUGUAGUUUCACACUGUGUGAGACUUCUCUGCUUUUGACCAUGUCACUGACUUUUUAUUUAACAUAUACAUGCGCACACUGUGUAUCUUAGGCUAUGUUCAGAUUGCAGACGAAACAGAAAAAAAAAACAUUUAUUUAUCAAAAUCAUGGGAGAUUUCUUUUUCGGGAUGGUGAGAUUGAGUUAAGACUAUGCACACUGUUAUUUGCAAGCGAUCAGAUCAGAUUUGUGUCUGUACAUUACAAUCUAGAUAUGCCAAAACAUGUCUUUUGGGCUGAAAAUCUGAACAUGGCUGUAUGCACCUAAAAAUAAGGAUACUACAGGUGAUGCCAUAGAAGUACUAAAUAUAUUUUCAGAGAAGACUCACUGAUCUGAUCUGAUACAGAAAGGGUUCUUUCUGGAACCAAAGAAGAUCCUUGGACUGAAUCAUAAAAAAUACCAAUUGUAGCAGCUUUUCUUUUAGGAUUCUAUGUAGGGUCAUUUUAUUACCUCCAGUGGAAUUGGGGCAGAACCCAUAAAUGUAAAGAAUUUUUAAUUCUGUCUUUCCAGGGCCGGCCAGCCUUUGUAGCAUUUGCCUCCUGCCUUAUGAUUAUAAACAUUUCAGUAUUAUCAACUUCCAUCAGGGUUCUGAAUGAUUAUGAGAACAGUCAGUUGAAUAUCCUGCAGCGAAACACCUGAAUAGGCUGUGUACUAGAGGUUCACAGACAUUCCUGACACUAAAAAAACAUAUUAUUCUGACUGGUCAGAAUGUUUAAAAUGGAAAUGGAAGCUUGGGAAUCUUCCAGAACCUUGCUGAUUUGUAUAUGUUUGCUGAAAGUUAUAAUUCACACUGCCUUUCAAUCAAGCUGGUCACUGUUUAUCUGCUAGACUCAAUGUUCAUGCUGUGGUGUGUUUUGUCUGUAUUGUGUGUAUAUCUGUUGAUAUUCCCCUUCUUUUUCUAAAGUUUGCACUUCUUUCCUGUUUGCCUUUUUUCCUCAGCCUUGUAAUCUUUUAAAAGAAACACAUUUUGUAUCAUUUAUAAAAAAAAAAACAUAAAAUAAAAAAGCUAUUAUUUUA